AUGGAUCCUCAUGGCUUCUCCAACAAUUGGGGGUAUCCACCACCACCCGAGUGGUAUUACCCCGAGACUCCUUGGAGCAAUCAAGGAGGAGAAGACUAUGGAUUCGGGUUCGAGUACCAACCCCCUUACUACGGAGAACAACCGGACCCCUGGGCAUAUCAAGAACAACCUCAUUACCAAGAAGAAUUUUUCCCACAACCAAAGGGGCCAUUGGAGCUGGAGUUACCCAUGGUGGCCUUCACGGGCCAUUCUGCAGAGCCAUGCUACACUCCACAACCAGAUCCACUCUAUGAAUUGAGACUUCUCAUGGAGCAGUUUGCUCGAGACUGUGAUAGAACAUGCUCCAGGAUGGAUCAUUGUGUCCAGGCCUAUCGUGAAACAGAGGAGAUCCUCCUGAGCCUUAAGAAGAGCGUCGAUGAUCUUGAGCGAUCUUGGGCACAACCUGCUCCAGAUCACCCUUCUGCUACCAUACAAGAAGAGGAGGAGGAAGAAGAAGGCUACAAGGACAUUGUGGAGCACACUGAAGUUGUCACAGAGAGCUCCCGUGAUGAUCAUGAUCAGGAGUGUCAUGUCGUAGCCGACCACACCUUCCCACACCCCAAACUGAGCUUUGAAGAGGCGGGCAUGAGUGAGGAGAUGCAAGAAGAUCUCAUGAAAGAAAUUGCUUGGCAACUUGCUCUCCAAUCCGUGCUAGAAGAAGAAGAGCAAGAAAGGGUGCAGAAAGAAGUUGUGGAGGAUGACGAAAGUGAAGCAGGAGGAGUUCUUGAUCAUUUCCAAGGGGUGAUACCACACGAACAAGGAAGGGAGGUUGAAGAAGCAAUUGGCGUCCAGGCUGAGGACGAAGUUGAGGUGGAAGAGGCUUGCACCGGCCAUGAGUUACAUUUGAUAUCUCCACCAAACUUCGAGGAACUACUUAGCAAGGAUCUAUUUGUAGUGUCUCUUUGCCAUACCAAGGUCACGUCGACAUCGGUCCCUCUUGGUGGACGUGAUGGUGGUCAAUCGGUGCUGUCAUAUCUGGUUUGGGGCAAUGAGACGAGAGAAGAGAAGAAGAGGUCUCGAGGGUGGAGACUUCAUCUACAUCAAGUGCACGAGCUUCCAUCUACUGUCAUACCACAUGCUCGUGACUUGAGAUUCCACCUCAUCGAAGAGAACCUCAACUUCAAAGAGGUUUUGGGGUGGACCGAAACUUAG